CGCUCCUUAUCCGCUCGAGUCCACUCGAGCUAAAAUAAGCAUCUCAGCUCAGGCGACGGCAACAGCGAUGGCGCCGGCCGCCGUCGCCGCUGCGGCCUUCCCAUUCCGCCUCUUCUCCGCGGAGGCGCGCCGGAACACGAACAGCGCCAGGGGAAAGCGGAACGCCGCCAGGCCGCUCAAGUCCUCUCCCCCACCUCGCCCUCCCUCCUCCUCCGCCAGCGGCGGCGGCGUCGCGGCCACCACCUUCACGCGGCUCCCGCUCCGCGACGCGCCCGACACCACGGAGGUCGCGCUAGACCGGUUCCCCACCGCCCCGGCCAACCCGGAGACGCCGGAUCCCGCUUUCACGCGCGGGAAUGUCGAGCGGGUGGACGAGGAGGAGGAGGAAGAGGUGGGCUUGGGGGCCACCACUUUUGCUAAGGUACCUCUGCGGGACUCGCCGGACGGUGUGGAGCUCACCAUUGGCCAGUUUGAGGCGCGCGCGGCCAGUAGGAAGAGCCCGGGAGGCCGCGCAUUUACACGGCAAAUGGUCGAGCACCUUGACGACGACGGCGAGGAGGAACCUGUCGUCAGCCGCCUGGACGUAUUCGAGGUCAAAAAGGGCAGGAAACCUCGGGUUCUUGCACGGGAGGUGCUCGGCGAGGACGCAGAGGAAGACGACGACGUCGUGGUGUUCGACCCGGACUACGGCGACGACAGCGUUGACGAGGAGGGAUUCGAGACGUUCCCGAUCAAGUGGAGUCCCAAAGGUGACGUCAUUGCACGCGCGGAGUUCGGAGAGGUAGAUUACGAUGUUGCAAUGGAGGAUGACGACGAGGAGGAGGUUGUAGUGUUUCACCCAGACUAUGACGACGACGAGGAAGAGGACUCAUUGGAGGACAACGACGAGGAGGAUGGGGAGGAUGGGAAAGGGGGGGCGAAGGAGAAGGGUGUGCCCGCCGUGAUGCGAUGCUUCGAUACGGCCAAGAUAUACGCCAGGGCCGGCGACGGCGGCAACGGCGUGGUGGCCUUCCGGCGCGAGAAGUACGUGCCGUACGGGGGGCCCUCGGGCGGCGACGGCGGUCGUGGGGGCAAUGUGUACGUGGAGGUGGACGGGGAGAUGAACUCGCUGCUGCCGUUCCGCAAGUCCGUGCACUUCCGCGCCGGCCGCGGCGCGCACGGCAUGGGCCAGCAGCAGGCCGGGGCGAAGGGCGAGGACGUCGUGGUGAAGGUGCCGCCAGGGACGGUAGUGCGGUCGUCGGACGGCAGCGUGGAGCUGCUUGAGCUUAUGAAGCCCGGGCAACGCGCGCUACUCCUCCCCGGUGGCCGCGGCGGCCGCGGCAAUGCGGCCUUCAAGUCAGGGACAAAUAAGGUGCCCAGGAUCGCAGAGAAGGGGGAGAAAGGCCCAGAAAUGUGGUUAGAUUUGGAGCUAAAGUUGGUCGCUGAUGUGGGUAUUGUAGGUGCUCCAAAUGCUGGGAAGAGCACUUUAUUAAGUGUUAUUAGUGCUGCCAAGCCAACAAUAGCCAAUUAUCCUUUUACCACAUUACUACCAAAUCUUGGAGUGGUCUCAUUAGAUUUUGAUGCUACAAUGAUUGUGGCAGACCUUCCUGGUUUGCUGGAAGGCGCCCAUCGUGGGUAUGGUUUGGGCCAUGAGUUCCUAAGACAUAGUGAGAGAUGCUCCGUCUUGGUGCAUGUUGUCGAUGGUUCUGCACAACAACCAGAAUAUGAGUUUGAGGCGGUUCGCUUGGAACUGGAGUUAUUUAGCCCAUCUUUGGUUGACAAACCCUAUGUGGUGGUGUACAAUAAGAUGGACCUUCCAGAGGCAUCGGAGAGAUGGAAUAUAUUUAAGGAAAAGCUACAGGCUCAAGGCAUUGAACCUUAUUGCAUUAGCUCAAUAAACAGGCAGGGCACACAAGAUGUUAUUCAUGCUGCUUAUAAGCUUCUGCAGAGAGAGAGACAAAGGAUGAAGGAAACUGAAGAAUGGAGUGGGCAAGAAAAUCUGAACCAUGUGGCAGAUACAAUAAAAAAGGAAAGGCGUGCUCCAAUGAAUGAGUUUGAGAUUUUUCAUGAUAAGGGUACAAAUACAUGGAAUGUUGUUGGAGCCGGAAUUGAGCGUUUUGUUCAGAUGACUAACUGGCAGUACUCAGAUUCCUUGAAAAGAUUUCAGCAUGCUCUAGAGGCAUGUGGUGUCAACAGAACUCUACUCAAUCGUGGAGUUAAGGACGGAGACAUAGUAAUAAUUGGUGAGAUGGAAAUGAUUUGGAACGAUGAACCUAAAAACACCCGUCCAUCGAAGACGAUGAACACAAAAGAUGACGCUGUCCGGUGGCCUGCAUUUCGUUAGAGCAAUUGUUCUUCAGCUUUUUGUUAGCUAUAUAGGAAGAUGUUAGUAAUUGGCAUGCAGAUCUUCGUGCAGUCUGCACACAGUCGGCACGGUUGGGGAGAAGAGGAGAAAUGCUGGAGAUAAGUAAGCCCACUGCUGUGCCAGAUGAUCUGACGCGCUCUCCAGAGACAACGUCGAUCGGAAUCCGAUGGUUGGAAGAAGAUUGGACGCUGGGCGCCGAUGAUAUAUCGUGCGGAAGGCAAGCGUAGCUAUACAUAUUUAACGUUUAUUGAUAAAUGAAAUUUUCUCAAGGAAAAAUCAAAUGUCUUCCCGAGUUCCUGUGCAGUAACAUACGCAAAAGAAAGAAAAAAGAAUGCCCAAAUUGGCUGAA